CAUUAAUGCAUUAAUGCACAGCAUUAAUGUCAUCACCAGUCAUCACGGUUUCUUUUCCUUUUUUCGUUAUUGGUUAUGAGAGAUUUUGAGUGUGUUGUUUGUUGGUAUAGUGUUUGAAUCCAAUCGAAAUUAAUAGUAAUCAAAAGAUAAAAAUGGUUUACGUUAUAGGAGACGGUACUGUGGUGAAGAGCUCACCGUUUAGUAUAACCAAUUGGAUUUAUGCAGUUAUAAACUUCUUAUAUCUGUUGUUCAAAACAAUGUUCGAUCCUAACUAUUCAAAACAUGGAGACAAAUAUGUAAGAGAUUUUAGGCCUCCAGGCAGUGGACCUCCAAAGCCACCAUCGAGGAAGUUCGGUGGAUUCGGGCCUUCGAACUCGGGGCCUCCGCCACCCCCGGCCGGCGGUUGCGGCUGCGGUGGCUAAAUUAACCUUUUAACACAUGCCCAACUCUCAACAUUUUGCCAGUCUAAUUUUUUAACAAGUAGGUAUACGAGUAUUGUAUCUUCAAAUAUCUGUAAAAUUUAAUCCAUUAACUAGUUUAAUUUAAAGCGAAUUUUCCAAAAAGUACCUGUUAAAAAUUAUGUUUUCUAAAUAAUUUGUUUAAAAGACACAGACUCAAUGUUAUAAAUUACUAUUUUAUAGCUAACACUGGAUUUCGUUAUCAAUAUUGUUAACAAUGUGGGUCAGUGGUGAUUUUUAAAUAUUCGUUGCGAUGUUGUAUUCCAAUUUAAGUGGCAUAUUUACCUAUUUUUUCUGUGAUUAAUAUGACUUAAACUUUACAAUGUGAACUUUCUGUGCAUUAUAGCAUAGUGCUAUUCCAAAAUCAUUGUUAACUCGUCAGAAUUUCAGCUGGUAAGCGAAUGAAUUUAAUGUAUGAAUUAUUAUUUGUAUCAAUAUUUUCCUGUUAGCAUUUAUUAAUGUAUUAAACUAUCUGUAAUCAAUAUAUUAUUCAAAAAUUAAACCUAGUAUAACGCUAUGUACAGUGAACAGCACAUCAGGCUAGAAUUCAGUCCAAUUAAUGCAGAAUAUCAUCUAAACUACUUAAGAUAUCACAAUGCUUAGUUUCUUGUGCAGUCGACUGUACAAAAAUUAGUAAUAUUGUAAUAUUCUCCAAUUAAUACAGGGUGUAGGGGAUAGGUUGGCGAAAGAUUAACUGCGACUGUCCCGAAUUAUAUCUUUAGCUUACGCUUGCUAGAGCCGAGUUAUAAACUAUAAUACUGUAAAGUUUCAUCAAAAUCCGUUCAGUAGAUAUUGCGUGAAUGAGUAAGAAACUUCAAUCUUCAUAAACCUCACACACACUCAUGAUAUUAGUAAAAAGGGUCGAGACUCGUGAAGUCUAAAUAUUGGAGCUUUAAGUAAACUAUCUACAUUUUCUUUGAAAUUGUAUUAGCGAUCUGCAUAAAGAAUGAUACUUCUUCUAAGCUGUGUUUAAAAGAACUGCCGUGUUUCGCCCGAGUGGCGAUAGUUAACCCUUAUUUUGGAUAUUGCAUAUAAUAAUUUACGACUUUCAUUGUUGUAUUUUACAAAUUCUUAAAUUUUUCAUCUACAACAAUGUGUUCAAGCAGUCUAAACAGACACCAAGGUUUUGUUAACCUUCACCUUACAUCCUGUAAUAUAAAUUAAAAGUAAUUUGUUAUUCUUUAAAAUCUCAAUUAAGUUUUAAUUUAGUAACUACAUAUUAUUAAUGUUAAAAGUUUUAGAGUGUAGUGAUUGGUCACUGAUUUUUCUUUUUUAAGUAUAUAAUUUCAUUUAUUACAUACUUAACACUUACGUGAAAUUUAUUAUUAGCUGUAAUUUAAUAAAAUAACUCAUGUAAUAGGUGUCUAUGAAAUAAACUCCAAUUACUUAAAAUAA